AUUAUACACUAAUGUGUUGCGUUAGCUGUUCUACCAACAUUUCUAUUGACACUUUAAGUUUGACAGCACAGCUGUUCGAUUCUGCUGUGGUUUAUGUCUCUCAGGUGCGAAUUUAUUUUAAUAAUCUGAAAGUAAUAUCAUAUGAAGACGAGAUUACUUAGACUGCCUGUGACGAUUUAAUCGAAAUACUAUGCCCCUUUUUGGUAAAUCUCAGAAGAGCCCAGCGGAGCUUGUACGAUCUUUAAAAGAUGCCGUAACUGCUCUAGAAAGGGGGGAUAAGAAAGCAGAAAAAGCCCAAGAAGAUGUGAGCAAAAACUUGGUUUUGAUAAAAAACAUGCUGUACGGUACUUCAGAUGCAGAGCCACAAACUGAUAUCAUAGUGGCACAGCUGGCGCAAGAAUUGUACAAUACUAACCUCCUUCUUCUCCUCAUUCAAAACUUGAACCGCAUUGACUUUGAAGGAAAAAAAGAUGUUGCCCAAGUAUUUAACAAUGUGUUGAGGCGUCAAAUAGGUACUCGGUCACCAACCGUUGAGUACAUAUGUACAAAACCUGAAAUUCUGUUUACCCUGAUGUCUGGGUAUGAGCACCAAGAAAUUGCUUCAAACUGUGGCACUAUGCUAAGGGAGUGUGCUAGAUAUGAGGCUUUAGCUAAAAUAAUGUUAUAUUCUGAUGAUUUUUACAAUUUCUUCAGAUAUGUAGAAGUUUCAACAUUUGAUAUUGCCUCUGAUGCCUUUUCUACAUUUAAGGAACUGUUAACACGACACAAAAUAUUAAGUGCUGAGUUUUUAGAAGCAAAUUACGAUAAGGUGUUUAACCAUUACCAACGAUUGUUGAACUCGGAGAAUUAUGUAACUCGACGGCAGAGUUUGAAAUUACUUGGAGAACUCUUGCUGGAUCGACAUAACUUUUCAAUUAUGACCCGCUACAUCACCAACCCGGAGAAUUUGAAGUUGAUGAUGAAUAUGCUUAAAGAGAAAUCGCGUAAUAUACAGUUUGAGGCUUUCCAUGUUUUUAAGGUGUUCGUAGCCAAUCCAAACAAACCAAAACCAAUACUGGAUAUACUGCUUCGAAACCAGGAUAAAUUGGUGGACUUCCUGACCAAGUUCCACACAGACCGCUCUGAAGACGAGCAGUUCAAUGAUGAGAAGGCUUACCUUAUAAAGCAAAUUAAGGAAUUGAAGCCAUCAGAACACUAACAUUUCAUCACAUCACUUCAAAGAAAUUUACUUAACGGUAUAAUACCAAGGGUAUUUGACGUCCGCAAAAAAACUGUCAGCUUUUAACUGGAGCUGCUAGAACUGAAAUUGAUGCCACAAGUUAAAAUGGGAGAGAAUCGAAGCUUCCGACUAAUGGUGGUGUUAUAACAAAUGUCACAACUAAUAAAUGAAAUAUUAAUAAAGUUACGUCAUGAUUGCAAUCUACAUUAAUGAUAUUACAAAUGUUGAUUGAAAUAUCUUUAAACGUUGACAAAUCAACGAUAGCGACACAUCUAGCUGGCUAUAAAAUGAGGAAUUUGUAUUCUAUAUCACUUCACCUAGUUUUUUUUGUAUCUAGCUUUAUGAAUAAAGUAGUCUUCGAAAACUAAGCCAUGUGUUAGCCUUUCCUUUUUUAAUUGGAGUAGUAUUAGUAAUGCAUUGCAAUUCAAACUACAUAAUUGAGUGAAAUUCUCUAUUUAUUACCAUUUUACAUAAUAAACAAAAUAUUAAGCUUUAUACAAAAAUAAAAUUACAAACAUAAUGGAAGAACUAAAGAAAUAUUAAAGGUCUAAUGCAUUCACAAUUACAUAAGAAAGAGAUUUAUUAUUUACAUUUCUUUAAUAGUUAAUUCGCAAGAAAUUAUUAACUAAAGCAUUUUAUCAAGAUAAUCUAAUUUUCAAAACGUUCAUCGGUUAUCGCCUUUCAGGAAAUAUUAAAAUUAAGCCAUAUUUAUUAUCAUCGAAACAAAAUUAAAUACGACAAAUUUUUAGAAUAAAAAUUAAAAGAUCAAUAUAAUUUAAAUUCUGCUUUUUUCGUACAUAAUUUAUUGAACUAAAAUUGUACUAUUUUCAAAAUUCCAAAAUAAAUUAUUAAUUUACAUCCAAAGUCAGUACAAUGAAAAAUUUUACAUAGAAAAAAAUAUAAACAGUUUUAUGCUCACGCAUCUUACCUACCUAUAUUACAAAUUAUUAAAGAAAUUAAAUACCUACGCCUAAAUUCUAAUGUACAUGAAACCGAAUGACUUCAUGUAAACAUUGGGAUCUUAUUAUAUAAGUAAAAAUGUAGUGAUAGUAUACCAGGACUGAUAAAGAUAUAGAUUUUUUUGUGUACAGUACUUAACGAUAACAACGACCAUUAGAAAGAGAUAGCUUUAGUUCCGCUUGGCUACGUUCCUUGUCACUCAUUCUACUGGCGACAGCCGUUGACCGAAGCCG